GAGAAAAGCCACAUCCUAAAUGGGUGAGCAUUUGUCCGACGUGUGUACAAUUCAACCGUGGGGACACAAGUCUCGUCUGGUGAACCAACAAGUGAAGAUUUUAAACUGAGGCGGUGUCAUGGAGAGCAGAUCGCCUCGAACAUCCAACUUCGCUCUCAGAAGCAGCAAACUGUUCCAACAUAGUUACAACUGGCACGGCGAACAGAAGUUGAUUAAUUGAAUUGAAAUCCAAUCCAAGAAAUCCUUAAAGACCGAUCAGGUCGUUGAUUCCACUGAUCCUUGAGCAGGUGAAAUGAGAAUCUGUCAGAUGCGCCCCUUCACUUCAGUUUCUAAAUAUCAGAUCGAGAACGUCAGAAUCGGAGCGAAGCUGGACACAGGUUUAGCCCUUUAGAACCUGGACCUGUAAUAAAACCUCGCAGACUGGAAUGAGUGGGAAACUGAACAAAAUGUUCAGAAUAAAAGAUAAGUUUCUAACUAUGUUUGUGCAUCAAAAUGGUCAGUUCCUUUCCAGGAAACUGUAUUAAUUCACUUCUCAUCUGUUGAAAAGAUAAUGGCAGAGAAGCAUAUAGUGCUACAUUCGGCCAGCAAGCAACGAUCCGGAAGUGCUCGUGUCCCCGAAGAAUCGGCGGCACACUUUGCUAUGGACCCGAUACUUCCUGCUCCUGCUUUCUUGACAAUUGACACCGAGGCUCCAAAGUGUUUUGAAAUUGUAUAUCUGCUCUGCUGUCAACAACUGAAAAGACACACGCAUACAAAAGAACCACUUUCAGCUGCAAUCGCAUUAUAAAUGAUUAUUAGGGAGAUUCAACCUUUCUCAUCAGUAGAUGUCAGGUUUGUCGGGAGAGUAGAAAUACUUGAUUAACGUUAAUUUGUUGGGUUGAUAAGGACCUAAGCGUUGGCGUGAGCUGUUCAGUCUGAAUAUUAAAGGAAUGGUGUGUGUUUUCCGAUAGGUGUUUGCAUUUUCUUUCUCAGAAGUAAGUCAAUUGUCCUGUUGAGUCUGAUGGAGUUGGAGAACCAGUGGUGGAAAGGACAAGUGGCUGCCGAUGUUCACCAGGCUCUGCGCAUCAAGGAGCUGAAACUAUUGCCCUACAAGAGCCGUUCUCCUCAGUUGAAUGUCCGCCGAUAUUUUGCAGAUCUUCUUUCAAUUAUCUGCAAUCAUUUUCAUCUUUGCCCCACUGCUCGUCAUCUGGCCGUUUAUCUUCUAGAUUUAUUUAUGGACCGUUAUGAUAUUUCUGUGCAGCAGUUGCACCAGGUGGCACUCUCCUGUUUAAUUUUAGCAAGCAAGUUUGAGGAAAAAGAAGAGCAUGUACCCAAACUUGAGCAACUCAACAGCCUCAGUUGUAUGACCAGUAUGAAUUUGAUGUUAAACAAACAUACCUUGUUGCAUCUGGAACUCUUAUUACUGGAAUCCUUCCAGUGGAACCUCUGUCUGCCAACUGCUGCCCACUUUAUUGAUUACUACCUCUCCAUUGCUGUGCAUGAGACUGAUCUUCAUGAUGGAUGGCCUUUGUUUUACUUGGAGAAGACCAAGUUAUACACCAUAAAGUACUCUUCCUACUUCCUGGAAGUGUCGUUACAGGAUCAUGGCUUUCUAAAUUACUUCCCUUCAGUAGUUGCUGCUGCUUGUAUAGCAGCAUCUCGAGUUGUUCUCAAACUCUCCCCUUUAUGGCCUGUGCGACUACAACAUCUAACUGCUUAUGCAUGGGAAAUGCUGUUGCCUUGCGUCAAACAUCUGUUGAUUGCUCAUAACAAUGAUGUAAAAGAAGCCAGCAAACACGAAGGUGAUCAAUCAGUUCUGCAAAUUGGACGGACAACUUCCACAAAUGAUUCCACAUCUUCACAAACUAGGACUGAAAGUUUGACUCCAUCGUUUUACUACAACCAUUUGCAUCUGCUACAGUGUUCCCAUCAACAGCCAUUGCAGCUGAAUUGCCAGAGUACUUUUACAACUGGGCAGACAUCAAGAUAUAUAAUACUACCAAAUCCUUCCAACAUCCAAGCCAAUCCUUCAGCUCAUGGACCCAUGAAAACUAAUGGCACUAGUUUAUAGCUACAAAUAUAGUCAAGACGUAUUAAUAUUCAAUUGUAACCAAGUCAAUGGUUGCUGAAACAUGUACAGCAACAUGCAUUAAAAGCUAUCUGCAUUAAUCCAAUCCAGUUGUUAAAAUACAAUAUUAAAUGUAGGGUCAAUUUUAUUAAUAUAAUUCUAUUUUGA